AUGAACCAUGCAUCAUGGAAAAUAAUGCUUCUUAUUAUUUUCUUCCAUGUCCAACACACAUCAGCAGAUCUUGUAGAUGUUGUUUGUAAAACAACUCAAAAUUAUAAACUUUGUGCUGAAUCUCUCAGAUCAGAUCCUCGUAGUUUGAAUGCAGAUGCAAAAGGCCUCGCACUUAUCAUGAUUCAAUUGGCUUUGUACAAGACCACUCGCAAUAUUGUUUAUAUCGAGCGACAAAUGAUUGAGCUGAAUAAACUUGAUGAUUUAACUUCCCAGCAAUGCCUUCAAGUUUGCUAUAAAAAAUACAACUUUAUUGUAAAUUAUUUCAUCCUAAAUGCCAUUAAAGAUUUGUACUUGAACAGGUAUCGCGAUGCAACUUUUGCUAUUGCACUGUCUGGUCGAAAUAUUUCAAGUUGUGCAGAUACUUGUGUGAACUCUCCUUUCUUUAACUUGGCAAAUAGGAGCAAUGAAUAUGCAUAUUUUGUUCAAGUAGUUGCCGAUAAAGUGGUUGAUACCACUGCCGAGAACGCUACUGGUUCUGGUGCAACGACUGUCGCCUCUUCCAAUCGCACCAUAAUUAUCCCUGCAAUGGCUGCGACAAAAAAGCCCGAAAAGUUUUCUGGCAUCGACUUUAAACGCUAG